AUGUUUUUGAGUAUCUGGGCACAACGCAGUUUCAAGAAGCCGGAAUUAAGCCAGAGUCUCUACGCCCCGGCCGUCUUCCGCUUUGGAGUGACCCUACUUGGGCGAAGCUGUCCGUCUCAAUCGAGCAGUUCGAAACGCUUCGAGUCUUCCGAGGGCGUGUUCGUGGUGUAUAGGCUCUAUGACCGCAUUAGCAAGGACGUUUUGAGCUUCUCCUCUUGUAUUGGCGCCGGAGAUGAUUUUGAGGUCUUGAUGGAAGUUUCCAACACAGGUGCCGUCGCCGGCGGUGCCGUGGUGCAGGUUUACGCCGGGAGAACGGGGAGGUCGGCGAACACGGUGGUCAGGGUGCUCGUGGCAUUCGACAAGGUCCGGCUGCAGCCCGGAGAAAAUACUGUAGUCAAGUUGACGGUCUCGGUCAAGGAUUUUGCUUCGUUUGAUGAGGCGGUGAGAGAGUGGGUUGUUGAGGCUGGAGACUACAGCUUGUACCUGGUGGCAUAUGAGGCCGAGACUCUGUAG